AAACGAUGAAAGCUCAAUUGUUCGCCUGUGUCCUCCUCCUGGUGGCGAUCUUCGCCCUGACUGUUUCCCAGAACACGGAUGACGACGGGUUCGGCAUUCCAGAUACUGAUUCUCUGAUCCGAUCUAAAAAAAGUUCUAAACGCAGUUCCAAGUGCCGACGAAAUGUCCAGAAGAGCUGCACCUCCUCGACGAAGACUUGCGCGCGCCUGGGAAGGGCCAACAUCUGCCAGGCCUUCCAUAAUGACUGCCAACGCAAGCUGGCCAAUUGUGGCAACAACAAUAUGUCCUCGAAAUUCUAUCGCAAGGUACACCUCAGCCUCUGCAAGGGUUUAGCUUACGACACGGCACUUCCCUGUGGCAGUGGUGGAAAGACCAAUUCGAAUGGAACUACAAAAAUAAUUAAUUUCUAAUAGGGGAAAAUAUAAAACUUAUAUGAGAAAAAUCACAAGAGAUAUGACACUAAAAAGAAAAAUACUUUAAAGAAUCUAGGUUUUUCAUGUUAUUACUUCUUUAAGAAUAAAAAAGCUAAAUUAAAU